GCAAUCAUGAUAGUAGUAGCAGACAAAUAGAACAUGCAAAUCUUAUAAAUAUAAUUAGUAGAAUUACACCUAUACUUUAUGAAUAUAAUAUUGUAUUAGAUAUUAGUAUUGAUGAUAAUUUAA